AUGAAUGGCGCAAGCUCUGCACGAUUAGAACCACAGUUUGCACUGUUUACGCCAACACAUAUAACAGCCGAGUCUAAAUUCACAUUUAAAAUCAUUAGUACAGCGAAAACUCAAAUGCAUUACCAAUGGAGAACAUAUGGGACUGAUGACGAAGAAUUAGAAGCAAUCAGUCAUUUGGAUCUUCAUGAUGCUGAAGAAAGAAAUGAAGCUCGCAACAUGGUAAUGUUCCAUUCCAAAGUUUUUCGUUUCGAUAAUAACGAAAGUCUUAUAUGGCCUGGACAAUUCGUUAAUUGCAUAGCAUAUUUCCAUCCUGAUUUAUCAGUUAAACACGAAACUACAGCGUAUCUCUAUAUAAUGGAAACAGGAGAAAGAAUUCCAUUUAAAUUACAAGGCAUGGGGUUAUCACCUGAAGCAAGAUUUAGUGUUACAUCUAUAAAUGUUGGCCAUGUGACACUAGAUUCCGUCAUGGAAUAUGAAGUAUACCUUGAAAAUACUGGAGAAGUUGUUUGUGAUUUCUCGUUAACUCCGAAAAAAGUCGAAAAUCUAAUAUUCGAGUUUACUCCAAGCUCAGGAUAUAUAGAAAUUGGCAAUAAAAUUCCGAUUAGAAUUAAAUUUACUGCAAAUUACGUUGGCCAGUUUACAGAGACAUUCGAAUUUCAUAUUAAAGGCGUUUCCCAAAACCACCCAACAAUUGGAUUAUACGGACGUGUUGUAGGACCUACAUUUCAGAUAGAUGUCGCAAGAUUAGAUUUUGGAAAAGUCAGUUAUGGAUUCCUUUAUACAAAAACAUUCGAAAUUUCAAAUAAAUCCGAAAUACCAUUUGAUUAUUCAUUAGCAUUAUCGCACGACGGAACAUUUUCAAGGAGAGAAUUUGCGAUUUCUCCACAGACAGGAUUAAUCGGAAAAUUUUCAAAGCAAAUUAUUACGGUUGAGUUUAUACCAAUGAAAGCACGCGAUUACAAUUUGCAAUUAGUUUUUUCAAUAGAUAAAUUCGGUGAAAAAAUGGCAACAAUACCAAUUUCAGCAGAAUGCAUAUCACCAACAGUUACUCUUGUAAAAGAUACAAUUAAUCUCGGAAAUAUUUUCAUUGGAGCUGAAUAUCGAAAUAAAUUACAAUUUAAAGACGAUACAGACUUACCAGCCAAAUACGAAUUCAUUCCUGCAAAUGAUGCAUCAUUGCUUCAAGCCAAUUUUACGGUUUCCCAUCCAAAUGGCGUAAUUAAUCCACAUACGACUACUGACAUGGAAUUUGUCAUUGUCCCUAAGCAGCUCGGCCCUCUAGACAUUGUACAGCACAUAAGGUUCUUUGGAAGUGAGAAUCCACCGCUUCCUUUUUCAAUUAAAGGAACUGUUACCGGACCAAACAUCCAAUUUUCACAAGAUAACAUCAAUUUCGGAAAGAUCCAAGUACUUAAAGAGACUUCCCAUCAGAUAGUAAUAACAAACAACUCAGCAAUCGAUGCAUCUUUCACUGCAUCUGCUGAAUGCGAUGGAAACAUAUUCAAAAUAUCACCAGAAGAGGGCCACAUACCAGCAGGAGCCCAAAUCACUGCAAAUGUCAUUGCACAACUCGAUGACAUGAUUGAAUUUAAAGGAAAAAUUGUAUUUCGUUUCGACAAUUUGAAUCCUUUGUAUAUAAACUUGAAAGCAACAGGUACAGGAUCCACAAUUGUUCCAUCUUUACCAUCUACAUCUCUCGAUAUGGGCAAUAUUUUCACAGAAGUUCCAAAUGUCAAAAAAUUUACAUUGACAAAUAAAGGAAGAAGGAACCAAGAAGUCAGAUUCUCUGUCCAGAAGCCUAAACUAUCAUCCAGUGAAGGUGUAAAGUUCUCUUGUGGAAUAUCUCCUGAAGUACAAGUUCUUUCUCCAGGCCAAGUUGUUAAAUUCACUCUUACUGUUCAAUCUGACAAAACAAUUUCGUUUUCUGAUGGUAUUAUGUGUCAUGCAACAGUAGGAAAACAAAGACAAGAGAUAUUCACUUUAUAUCUAAAAGGACAAUUUGUCCGACCAUUUAUCUCUUUCAAUAAACAAGUUGUCACUUUUGUGCAUGUUCAUAAUUCCGCUAAAGAAGAAGAAUUAACAGGAAAUGAGCAUACAACUAAAGCCAUUUCACCACCAACAGAGCUAUUACCACAGUUACGAAGUGACUUUGAGAUAAACAACUCUUCAAAGUUACCUUUGACUGUAAAAGCUGAAUGUCCAUCUCCUUUCUCUAUUUCGGAGACGAAUUUUGUUUUGGAAGCAUCACAAAAGAAGAAAUUAACGGUAACAUUCGAACCUACAUUUAAAGAAGAUUAUUCUUGUGAAACUAUCAACAAAAAGAUUGUUUUCACUUAUAAAGAACAUCCACAAGUUUCGACAUUGAACUUGCAAGGAUCAUUUAUAUUCCCCAACAUCAUAUUCAAACCAGACAAAAAGAUUGAUUUCGGAAUUUUGUUGUAUAACACUGAACAGUCUAAAGACAUUUCCAUGACUAAUCCUACAGAUCUACCAGUAGACUUCGUAUGGGAAUUGUUCCCAGACGCAAAUGGUGUUGACAUCAAAAACAUUUUCGAUAUUUAUCCAAUCAGAGGACACAUCGAACCGAAAUCAUCAGAUACAGUACAUAUUUCUUUCUUCUCACAAAUGGAUUCGGAAGGAAGAUCAACAACUUUCCAAGGAAAAGCUGUUUGCCAUGUAAUAGGAGGCCCUGAUUACACAAUGAAAUUAGUUGGCGGGUCCGCAAACAUACAAUAUAAAUUAGAUCCGGUUGAAAUGGAUCUUGGUGAUAUUGGCUAUUUAGAUAAUAUCCAAACUAAUAUUACUUUAUCAAAUUUGAGUGAUGUUCCAUUGAAUUUUGCUGUGAAAAUACCAAAAGGAAAUGCAUUUACUACUUUCGUUGUUACUCCUAAUGAAGGAACAGUCCCUGUAAAUACAACACAGAAGUUUAAUAUAAUAAUGACUCCUGGUUUACCAAGAAUGUUUGAUGAAACAUUCUUUAUAAGAAUUGGUCAUUUCGAUGAAGCAAGAGUAAACAUAAGAGUUAAUUGUUUCAUUCCACAAUGUAAACUUUCAUUGCCAAGACAUGAAACAGAUCCUUUGUUGAUGCAAUUUAACCAAAAGAGUGAUAACAAGAAACUAUCACAAACAAGAAGAAGAAAUGCUUUGGUAAUGGUAUCAACAGCAACAGUGAUGGAGGAGGAAGAAGAGGAAGAGGAAAUAGAAAGUAAACAACCAACAGAUGAAGAAUUAUGCGAAAUAGAAAAACAGUUGUUAAUUCAAAAAUUGACAAAUAAAACAAUGUUUGACCAAUCAUCUUUGAGAAGAAGAAGACAGAAAGGAGAACCUGUUCCUGUUUACGAAGGAUAUGUCGCAUCAAGAUUCGUAUUGGAUAUGGGCAAAAUCGUUUUCGGAAAGAAAGAAACUCGUAAAUUUACAAUCACUUCACUUGCUCCUUCUCCUAUUUCAUUUGAAUUGAAUACAAAAGAAAUUGCUGAAAGUGGAUUUACCAUUGAACCUACUUCCUUCAAAGAUGUUCCUCCUAAUCAACCAAUAGAAGUAACUGUUACAUUUGACAUUAAAAAGAAAGCUCCUGAAGUUAAUGGUGUUGUUAAUUAUACAAUGCCACUUUUAUUCAAUAUUGAUUACGCUUAUAUUCUUUAUUUGAAGGCCGAUUUGCAGAGACCAUAUUUGAAUUUAUCACAGACACAUUUCGAUUUCGGAACAACAAUUGUUGGUCAGACAUAUACAAUGACAUUACAAUUGCAAAACAUGAAUACUGUUCCUGUCGAAUUCCACUUUUCUGAUGCCCAAUUUUCGAAUGUUUUGACACAAAGAAGUAUUGCAAAAGAUCCAGGUUUCAUCAAUGUCUUCACAGCAACGCCAUCAAUGGGUAUUUUACCACCUGUUUCAUUCCAAAACAUUGAUAUUUCUUUCCUUCCUACUCAAGAAAAGAAUUAUUCAAUGCAAUUCCCAAUUGACAUCAAAUACAACAAUCAAACAUCAUUUGUUACUUUGAAAGGACAAGGUGUCCAAUUAAAAGUAACAUUUGAUCCACCAGAAUUGCAUUUACCACCAAUCCUUCCUUUCUCAGAUCCAUCACAGAUACAAGUAAAGAUGGUAAAUCCAACAGGAUAUCCAAUAGAAGUUAUCGCAACUCAAUUUGAUUUGCAGUUAUUAAUUGAAGAAGAAUCCGCAAAGAAGAAUUUGGUUUUAGACGCUUCACAAACAAUAAGUGAAUCGGAUAUCAAUGUACAAUUACCACAACAAAUUCCGCAAACUCCUGCUGUUUCCAAAUUCUCUAUUUGUGUAAUUGUUCAUGGUCCUUCUGGCUCUGGAAGAACAACAAUCUCUAACGCUGUUGCAAAAUAUCUUGGAAAUGUUCCAAUAAUUUCUGUCAAAGCUUUAUGGGCAGAUUUAUUGAAACAAACAGAGCCACCACCAUCUCAAGCUGAUUUCGUUAACAUAUUCCAAGAAAGAAUUGUUCAGGCUGAUUGCUCAAAUGGUUUUGUCAUUGACGGUUUGGACGGUUUGCCAGAUGUUCCUGACAUUGAACAGUUUUACACUCAUUGUCUUAAGACGAAGAAUAUUUGGGAUGAAUCAAUAAAGAAUCCAUUCAAACCAAUAGAACAUCAAGUUUUGGCUGCUUGUGAACAAGCUCUUUCUUACAUUUUAGCUGCUUUGGAUGGACAUUAUGUUUUCAUGGUUGCUUUGCAUGCAACUGAGGAUAUUCUUAAUGAAAGAAAAGAUGCAAUGGCAUCAGCUGAAAGAAGACGUAAAAGACAUGAAGCUGCUGCAGAAAAAGUCGCUUUGUUCAAGAUGUCUGAUGAAGAAUACUUGAAAUUAACUGAAGAAGAAAGACAACAAGUUGACAAGAAACGAGAAGCUUACAGAAGAAGAGCACUUAGACAAGCUUUAGAGAGUGAUGCAGAGAAAGGAAUUGUCAAUGCUGAUACGGAUUUGAUGUCUUCAAGAAGAAGAUCUUCAUCACAUAGAUCAUCAAGAGAUAAAUCAAAGAAAGAAGAUACUCCAACAAAAGAAAAAAGUGACAAAAAAGAGAAAAGUGACAAAAAGGAAAGCCGAAGACAUUCUAAAGACAGAAGAAGUUCGUCAGCCAAAUCAGGUGAUAAAGGAGAUGCAGAAAAAGAGAAAUCAUCAAAGGAAAAGAAAGAAUCUUCAUCAAAAGAUCCAAGAAGACGCGAAAAAGACAGUGCACUUAAAUCUCCUAAGGGAGAAUCUUCUGAUAAGAAGAAGUUAAGACAAUUAAAGGCUUAUCCAACAGAUCCAAUACAAAGGGAUGUAAUAGGAUUCACAUUUACACUUGGAACAAUUGUUCAAAGACUCAAAGAUGGUGGAGAACAAUUUGCUUCAAUUGAUCCACAUGAUAUCAUCAAAGAUUCAGUGAAACCAUCUGCAAUUGCAUCCAAAGAAAGUUUGCCAAACGCUGAAACAUCAAGUUUAUUAGCUUCGCCUAAUUUGACCAAAUCCAAAUCUAGUUUGGGUUCUGAUUUAUUGAUGGCUCCUUUCAUUGUUUCUCAGAAUGUUAUUUUAAUCGAAUCAAUGGGCAAACCAGAAGAUUCCAAUGAAUACAUCUAUAACUUCAUUCCUCAAAUCAAUCAGCUCAAAGAAAAGGCUUUCACACGUCUUAUUCCUGCUCCAAGAAUCAGUUUACCUGAUCCUUCAACAUUAACAAGAGCAACUUUGUCACAAAUGCCGAAAUUCUUCUCUAUUGUUGUUGAAGAACCAUUUACUCCAGAACAAGUAAAUACAACACAUGUGAUGAGACCAGAUUCAACAACUAAAAGUGGAAGAAAAUCAAGAACAAGAAGAGAUAGAUCAAAUGAGCCUUUGUUCUCUGAGGAUUACGAUCUUUCAAAGAGAACUCCUGUUUGGAAGAUUGAACCAAAUUCAAGUCAAACAUUGACAAUCCAAUUCGAAGCGCAGUUGGCUGGUGUUUACAAAGAUAACAUCAUCUUCUCUUUGAUAAAUGGAAGAAGCGAUGUAACUAAAUUAAGAGUUAUUGGUACUUGCGCUUAUCCAGAUAUUACAAGAGAUUUGAAAUUGUUAUUCCCGAAGAGAGUUCCAAGAUUAGACAACAAAACAGAAACGGCUUUUGUUGCUGAUAUUCAACAGUUCUAUUUCGGAUCUUUGUUGGUUGCCAAGGAUAGACCUGCAAAAGCACCUCCUGCAUACAGACAAGCCAUUACAUUGACAAAUCCUUCUCUGUUUCCUGUUGAAUUGUCUGCGUUUUUACUUGAGAAUCCUCCGAAAUCUCCAUGGGUUAUUGAGAAGCCAGUAUUAACAAUUGAACCGGGACAAAAUGCUGAAUUCUCAUUUGGAAUACAUCCAACACAACCUGACACAUACCACAACACAAUUAUCUUCUUCAUUAAAGAUAAUCCAGAGCCAUUUACAUUCCCUGUUGGUGCUGAAGGUUGUGUCCCAACAAUUGAGUUGAAUAAUCUCAAUCUCGAAUUCGAAAAACUUCUUUUGAAUCAAACUAAAACAUUGUCAAUCGAACUCAAGAAUCCAGGAAAGAUUCCAGCAGCAUGGAGACUCAAAGGACAACAACAGCUUGGCACAAACUUCACAUUCAACUGCCAAGAAGGUGUGUUAAAUCCAAGAGGUUCAUUUACAAUUACUUGCCAAUUCACUUCGAAUAAAUCAUUGGCAAUAAAGAAAGCAAUACAAAUAGAGACAUUGGAUAAAAGUCUUGCUCAUGUCUUCAGCACGAAGAACAUCAAUAUUUCUGCUGAAGCAUUCGAUGUCAACUUUGACUUCCAAUAUCCAAAAGGAUUAGAUCAUUUGCAAUUCGGAAUGAUGAAAGUUUCUCAGCAAAAAUCUAUUGCAGUCACAUUGAAGAACAAAGGAAAGUAUCCAUCUCUUUUCAAGAUCACUGUUGCAGGAGCAAGAAUUGCUAAGUUAUUCACAAUAACACCAAACGAAGGAACAUUAAAUUCCAAUGAUAAACCUUUGACAAUUAAUUUCAAUUUCACUUCCCCGAGAUUGAUUAAUUACUCAAAUGCAAAAGGUUUGGCAUUAGUUAUCACUGAUUCUUUGACGAACACUGUAACAGCAACACUUCCUAUUCCAUUCUCCGCACAAACUGUUUACAGCUCAUUCGUUGUUAAUCCAACAGGAACAAUUGAUUUUGGUGCUUUGGCUUGUAACGAACAACUCACGAAACAAAUAACAAUAGAAAACAAUGGAUCAUUCCCAUUCGAAUACGAUAUACAGCCUAAACCAGAACCAGUUGAUCCUAAAGAAGUUACAACUCCGAAAGGAAAGAAGAAAGCACCAGCGAAACCACCAGCUCCAGCAAGAAAAGUUGGACGAGGAAAGGAAAAAUCGAUAUUAAUAGGUAACUACAUAAUUGUUCCAUCACAACAAGUUGUUCCUCCUGGUGGAAAAGUUUCUAUUGACGUUGAUUUCCAGUCAGCAACAAAUGGCAAUUUCGACAGUACAGCUUUGAUAUCUAUAACAGAUGUGGAUACUUCAAAGACUCCAGGACCAAUUCCAAUUUCUUUCCACGCAGCUGUUCAUACUCCAGCGAUUUUGACUCAUGAUUUCGAGAAAAUCUUUGUUGGAACGAUGUUAUCUUUGAGAUGCGAUAUUUCCAAAGAUCCACAAACAGCAUUUCUUGAAGAUGAACAAGUUUUAUUCUUCGCUGCAAGAAUUCUUGGUCAGAAAACAGAAGUUCCGAUGUCAUUAACAAAUCCUUUACCAAUUCCGUGCACAGUUGAUUUGGCCUUGAAACCAAAUGCAAAAGGAAAAGCAGCUCUUCAGAAUUUCCCAUUCGAUAUCAAUGAGAAAACAGUAACAAUUGGACCAAAUGGAAAAUAUACUGUCAUGGUUUCUUUCCUUCCUAAUACUUCCGAGAAAUUCCUUGCAACAUGUGAAGCAGUUGUCAGAGGAAAUACAAAUGGAGAAGGAAGAAUGUUGAAGUUCGGAUUGGAAGGAACAGGAACUUUACCAACUGUUUCAUUGGUUGGAGAGAAAGAUAAACCAGGAAAGAAUGGAAUUGUGUCAAUCAAUUUAGGAAAGAUAUUGAUUGGAUUCACAAAGGAGAAAACAAUUUGUUUGGCUAAUGAAGGAAUGAUUCCUGCAAAGAUUUCAAUCACUGCAAAAGCUUCUCCUGAUUUCGAAUUAAACAAUGUUGAUUCAGCUCAGGAAUUCGUUUUAGAUCCAAACCACAAAUUCAAUCUUCCUGUUGUUUAUGCUCCUCAAAAGGCAAGAAAAGGACAAUUCGAUAUCAAUGUUACUUGCAUUGAUAAUCCGAAAUCAAACAUUUCUUUGUCGAUUACAGCUGAAGGAUUCAGUGAAGACGUCAUUUUCGAAGGUUUGCAAGAAGACGAAUCAGAUCUCUACUUUAGAGAUAAUGUUGUUGGAAGACAGCAACAACAAACAUUCGUUAUGCACAAUGUCUCGCAGAAUCACAUCAAAUUCCAGUGGGGAACUCAUCCAGAUUUCUCUUUCUCGCCAAGAAUUGGACACUUGCAUAUGGGACAGAGAAAGACAAUCACUGUUACGUUCUUCACAGACAAGCCAAUCAAACACAAUGGAGUUAAAAUUGCUUGUCAGUGGCAAAAGAUCGAUUUCGCGAAUCCUUCUGCACAUGAUUGGGAUGAUUCGAUGAAAAUUGUGAAAUUUGUCACUAAAGGAUCAUUAAGACUGGCAGAACUGAAACAGAAAGAACAAGAGCAAGAAAAGCAGCAGACUAAAUCUAACAAGAGAUCUCCACUUUCAAAGAAAGGAACUCCUGUUGAAAUUGAACUAUUAAAUAUUCCUGAUCCGACUGACAACGAAAUCGUCAAAGUUGUUGAGAUCAAACCAGAACCAGAAAAUACUCCACAACAGGUUAAAUGCAAAGAUUUGGUCUUGAGAGUCUUCGCUAUCUCUGAUUACAUCAAAUACCACUGUGAUACAACAGACAUUUCAUACAGUCCAACAAUGAUGUACCAGAAGAGAUCUUACGAAGUAAAAUUGCAGAAUACUUGUGGAAUCAGAUUCGAAUACACAUGGCAAGUUGAAGAUUUCAAAGCUAUCAGAACAUCGUCACAAAGUGUUCCUUUCUCUGUCAUUCCUUCAACAGGAUUCAUUGAUGCAGGUGCUUCUACAACUUUCUCUGUAAAUUUCGAACCAGAAGAAGUUGAUGAUUUCACUGCAAAACUUGUUUGUGCAAUUCCUUAUUUGUCUCAAAUGGAGCCACUAAACAUUAUGGUGUCCGGUCUUUCAAGACGUCCAUUGUGCCACUUCAAUGUCGAAAUGAGUGAUUAUAUUUCUGCAGGAAGAAGACAUCCAGAUUAUACAGACGUUCUUCCAGAAGAUAUCAGAGUUGUUGAGUUGUUCUCAAGUGGAAUCGGAAAGAGAGCAACAAAGAAGUUCGAAGUAAUUAAUCCAACAGCUUCAAGCUACGAAGUCAAUUGGACAAGAGUUGGAAAUGGAAAUGCAAGAGAUCCAAUACAAUGCGACACUCCUGCUGCUUUAGUUUCGAGUGGAAAGAGAUACAUGGUUGCUUUCUCUUAUUUACCAACUUCAAGUAGAAUUGUUGAAUCUCAAUGGGACUUCCAUAUCCCAGAACAUGGUGUUACAGUUCACUUCCUUAUUGUAGGUAGAAUAGUUCCAAAGUAA